GGGAGGCGGGACCGGAGGAUGUGACGUCCUGGUCGUAGAGAAGAUUGUAGGCUACCAUAUCCCGUAAUGCUGCUCGUUAACGUAGAUGUUUGGUGAGGCUUAUUACAAGCUGCGGGGAUGGUCAACUGUGAGUGAAUGCAGCCGCCUCAGGUGAACAGAAAGCGGGAUAGAGACAGUCACAAUACAGGCCUGAACACACCAUCCACCGAGCUCCACAAAUAUGGAUCUAACUUUUGUAUUAUCAGCUGUUAUCUUCACUCUUCUCGCGAUUGUGGUCGCAACGUCGCUAUUUAACGGCUCGUCGCCUACAGUCGACUUUGCAAGUUAUUUCGGAAACAGAGGAGACGGCGCAGCCGGGGGAUUAGAUCAAACGAAGCAGAAUGGCUAUUUACCGGACAAGAAGAAGAAGAAGGAGGAGGACGACUGGUGUGAGAUCAGCGGGAGCACGCAUGAUCACUGGGAUGUAGUGAAAUCUGUGCUUUCAGAGGAGGCACAUCCCCACCCUCACGCUGAAGAACUGGCAACACCAGUUGAGCACUCCUCCUCCACAUCCAGCCUGUGCGUUCCCAGGCCUGGAUGUAGGCAUAUGAGUUUAGAGGUAGACUCGUCAUCCAAGGCCUCGUCGGGGGCGAGCCGUAGGUCAUUCAUUGGGCUCUCUGAUAAGGAGCUCCUAAAGUGUGCUUUCUCAUACCCCCAGACUGAAGGAGCCACAGAGAGCCCAGGGAUCAACGAUAACGAGGAAUCGAAUGCAAACGAUUCCUUGAAGUACGUCCCUGGAAAGGCGCGAUCCCACCACUUGCAAAUGAUGAUGUCAGCAGAGGAGCUGGAGGAGGAGCAGAGGAUACACUCCAGCACAGACUUUAACUGUCUGUAAGCCUGAAAAAGGAGCAAAUAUGUGUUUGCAGUGAUUUUUGGCCUCGUCAUCUCUUUUUCCUCAAGUGGCCAUGAAGCGACUGACACAUCCCACUUACCCACCUCCCACUGCCCCAUCAUUCCACAUUGUUCAGCGUGCGAUUCUCAGGUGUCACAGCAGGUGUUGAUUGUGUGUCCAGUCGUCACCUCUGACAGAAGAGUGUUAGUUAAUCCUCUCAGGAUUCUUCUCUGUUGUGCCACAAGGAGACACUGGGACUUGUGCUGACAUGGCAGUCACUUCCAAAACUAUUCAGUCACACUGGAAUAGAGAGGGUGAGGGUAAAAUUGGGCAUUUGUGCUUUGAUAUGAGUAAUACAUCUUGUAAUAUGUGAUUUCAGGACGACAGACAACUGGGGGAAUAUUCAUGUCAGAGUAUUUUACAAUAGCAGCACUGAUAGAGGACCUGUUUGCCUUGUAUUCAAUGUAUUUAAUGUGGCUAAUGUGUGACCAAUAAUUAAAAUAAAUUAAACGUUUUUAAAUACUGGAAAAGACCUUUCACUCACAUCAAGUUAAUGAGGGUCAUGACUCAUGUAGCUUAUCUUUAUCAGCAUUCCUUGCUGUGAAUGUGAAUGAUUCACUUUUACUUGUCAAGUAAGGUUAGAUAAGCCCUUAUUGAUCCCCAAAAGGGAUAUUCAGCACAAAAACAGAAAUAAAUACAGAUAAAUAGAGAAAGUAUAAAACUAAAAUGUAUUUGAUGUAAAAAUAUAAACUAUACAAAGGAAAUUAAAGACGAAAUACCAAGACAAAAGUGUGUGUGAAAUUGUGAAAUUUGCAGAGAAGUAUUUUAUUUCAAUUUCUCAAUAUUCCCAUUUGUCCACUGGGGGUCGUGCUGUCCUAGUAGCAGGGUCCAUGCUGAAUACACUAUUUUAGAUCCCACAUGCUUACAUACAUACACACUGUCAAGCGUAGGCUACUGUAUUUUGUAACUGUUGGACAGAGCCAGGCUAGCUAUUUCCAGUCUUUAUGCUAAGCUAAGCUAAGCUAAAUGGCUGCUGGUAGUAGCUUAAUGUACCGUACAGACAGGAGAGUGGUAUCAUUCUUUUCAUCUAACUCUCUGCCAGAAAGCGAUGAAGCAUGUUUCCCAAAAUGUCAAACUAGUCCUUUAAAAUCUCUAUUGUAUUAUAUGUAUUUAUUUGGUUCAUCCUUGUAUAUUGAAUAUGUACCUACUUAGUUCAUCUUUUGACAUUUUUAAACUUACCUGUCUUGUUUACAGUUGGAAAAGCUCAGUUCUUAUUCAUAAUUACAAGGGCUCACUUUCCCUAAUGGACGCUGGGUGGAGCUCAGAUUUGUGUUUUUUUUUUCAGCUUUGUUUACAUAUAUUUACGGUACCGGUGCUGUCUGUUUUUACAAUUUUUUUUUUUUGGGUUCUUUUACCACAAA